GCUCUGAUUCGGAUCAUGGGAAUAAUGUUCGGUCCGGUGUGGUUCACGGCUUCGGUUCUGACGAUGUUGAAGACAUGAGAUCUUCAUGGAUUCCUCGUUCAACGGUGUAGAGCUCAACGAGCUGAGAGGUGGAGUAAGAGAAGGGAGCUGCACCAGCCAGGGCUUUGAUAACGCCUCGUACCAGCAAGACGAUGAGCAGAUUUACCAACAGGAGGGGACGUUGAGCUGUCUGCCUUCGACGGACUCGUACAGCAACAAAAAGGAUGCGCAGCAGAAUCGUCAUGAGCUCCGCCCACGUUCAUACGACGAGGACAGAAUCAGUGUUGUUGGCGCAGACAGCACUCAAGUCCCGGAUUCAGGUCAGGACUUGGAUCAAGGUGAGGACCAGACGGAGCAAACGCGGCCGGUCGAACAGUCUGCAGACUACGGCCUGAUCCUGGCCCUGGUCCUCCUAGUGAGUGGGAUUGUCUUAGUUGUUAUUGCCUACACCAUCCCUCGUGAGGCCCGCGUCGAUCCAGACUCGGUGUCAGCGCGACAAAUGGAGCAGCUUGAGCUUUACUACGCCCGCCUAGGUGCCCACCUGGAUCAGUGCAUCAUUGCAGGCCUGGGACUGCUUACACUUGGUGGGAUGUUCCUGUCUGUGCUUCUGAUGGUGUCCAUCUGUCGAGGUGGAAUGAACCGGCGCCGAAAUGCCUUUGUUCGACCCAAGAGGACCUACGGUUCCAUCAACCUGAGGCUCAAACAGCUGGCCACGGGGGAGGACGUUCUGGUAGAACACACCGAGACCUGGACUAAUGUUGGACCAGGAAGCAACCAGGACUACAGGUCAGGACUUGGACUGAGUGAGGACCGCCACGUGUCAGAACCAGGAUCUAGCAGACGUUCUCCCACCGCCGCGAGUGAAGGCCACUAAUUGUGGCUUCGAAAAAAGCUCAUUGAUAGCACAAGAGUUUCACAGUCCUGAUCCUUGUUCUGGAUUCAAAUGUUUAACCCGGGCGUUAAACAUUUUGACUCGCGGGCCGCAAUUGUCCUAAAAU